GGAGCCCCCGGACUUUGCCGGAUAUUAUAAAGUGCUUCUAGCGCUAAGAUCGCUUUCUCCUGAGUCCUGAAUCCUGGCCGCAGCAUCGACCGAGCUCCCGCAGCGCCAUACAAGUCAAGAUGUCGGCUGGAAACGCUAAGAUUGGGAAGCUGGCUCCUGACUUCUCCGCAAAUGCUUUGAUGCCAGAUGGACAGUUUAAAGAAAUUAAACUCUCAGAAUACAGAGGAAAGUACGUGGUCUUCUUUUUCUAUCCCCUGGAUUUCACGUUUGUAUGUCCGACCGAGAUCAUCAGUUUCAGUGACCGGUUGGAGGAAUUCAAGGCGCUUAAUUGUGAAGUUAUAGGGGCGUCGGUGGAUUCUCAUUUUUGUCAUCUGGCUUGGACCAACCUUCCCCGGAAAGACGGAGGUCUGGGCCCCAUGAAUAUCCCCCUAGUGGCGGAUUCACUGCGCUCCAUCUCUAAGGACUAUGGAGUGCUGAAGGAGGACGAGGGAAUCGCAUUCAGGGGUCUAUUCAUUGUGGACGAGAAAGGAAUCUUGAGACAGAUCACAAUUAACGACCUGCCCGUUGGCCGCUCUGUAGAUGAGACUCUGCGACUGGUCCAAGCUUUCCAGCACACAGACAAGUAUGGAGAAGUCUGCCCAGCAGGAUGGAAGCCCGGCAGUGACACAAUCAAGCCAGACGUCGGUAAAAGCAAAGAAUACUUCUCCAAGCAAAAGUAAAGGCAAGAAAUGCUGCCCGUCGUAAGCAGUGUCUCGGCCCGGCUGCGUUCUUCCCGUGUAUAGAAGUAUUUUAUUAGUCUGCUGUACGGCUGUGUAGAUAAAGGUGUUUCUGUUAGGGUUACACGGACUAGAAGUGUGGGGAGUGACCCCUGCGGUGCCCGUCCACAGGUUGGCAUUAUGUUUGUGCUGUUCCCCUCGCCCUCAAUGGGUUUUUGUAAAAACUAAUUAAAGUUCUCUGUGUGAAUGA